AUGUUCGACUUGAAGCAGAAUGGAAACGAAAACAUCACAGAAACGAAUGCAAAGGCAGCAGUGGAAGCCAGUCUAGAAAAGGGAAAUAAUGAUGAAUCUUCAAAAAUACCUGAAGUUAGAUACUCAACCUAUUAUAACGGAAAAAAGGUCAACGUUUAUAGGGUAGUUGUUCAACCACCGAACGAUUGGAAAACUCUCCCAUUUAAUAAAUUACCUGAUUGGCUUCAGGAUAAUGAAUUUCUAGUCAAAGGAUAUCGACCUCAGCUCCCUUCUGUCUCACUUUGUUUGCGUAGCAUCUUUCGUAUCCAUACCGAAACUGGAAACAUCUGGACUCAUCUUUUAGGUUUUAUUGGGCUACUGAUAUUUGCUAUAUACUGUUUUUCAGUGCCACUCAGCCAGAAAACAUGGCAAGAACAAGCAGUCUUCGGAGCAUUUUUUGCUGGAGCGAUUACCUGCCUCCUGUUUUCGUCUUUCUUUCACACCAUUUAUUGCUAUUCUUUUAGAGUUAUGAAAUCAUCUGCUAAAUUAGAUUAUUUGGGAAUUGCAACUUUGGUUGUCGGAUCAAACGUGUCACUUAUCUAUUACGCAUUUUACUGCUAUACCAUCCCCCUUAUCAUUUAUGAGACUGUGGCGAUCGUUUUAGGUACUGCAGCUGCCAUCGUAUCACUGUUCGAUAAAUUUUCUGAAUCAAAAUAUCGUACUUUUAGGGCAGCAUUGUUUGGCGGCGUAGGAGGUUCUGGAGUCGUUCCAUUGCUUCAUUACUGUGGUAUCACUGGAUUUUAUAGAGCUAUAGAAAUAGGAGGUAUACCAUGGUUUCUAGCUAGUGGCUUGAGCUAUUUGGUUGGAGUAACUUUAUACGCCACUCGCACACCUGAGCGCUUUUUUCCUGGACGAUGCGAUAUCGUAUUUCAGAGUCAUCAACUUUUUCACGUCUUCGUGGUAGUAGGUGCAAUUCUCACCUAUUGUUCUUUAAAUAGCUAUGCUGACUAUCAUCAACUUGUUGGUCAUAACUGCUCAGUGGUUCAUAGUAUUUUUAAAAAUGGUUUUGUGACACAGUUGCGAAGAUCAUAA